AUGAGAGGAGGGGGAGGGAACGGGAGGAAACGAAUGGGAGGAAAUUGGCGGAUAUGGAAAGGAGAGAGGGAAUGGGAUGGAGAGAGAGAUGUGGAGAGGGAGGGAGAGGUUGAGAUAGAGGGAGAGAAAAAGGGAGAGAAGGGGAGAGGAGAGGACGGGGAGGUAGAGGUAGAAAAGUGGAGGGGAGGUAGAGAGAAGAUGAGAGAGGAGGAAGAGGAGGGGAGGGAGUUAGAGGGAGAGGAUGGAAGAGGUGGUAGAGGGAGAGAAGGAGAGAUAGAGGAAGAUAAACAUGGAGCGGUAGAGGGAGAGGAGGGAAGGGAGUUAGAGGGAGAGGCUGGGAGAGAUGGUAGAGGGAGAGAAGGAGUGAUAGAGGAAGAUAAACAUGGAGCGGUAGAGGGAGAGGAGGGGAGAUAG